AGAACUUACGGUAACUUCCGCUCGCUUAUGAGAAUAAGCAGCUUUAAAGAUGGCGCGUGAGCGCAACGGAUGGCAUAAUCGGUGUAACUGCCAAGGUCUGGGAUAAGCUGCUGCUCGUAUAAUCUUCGACCUUUAACCGUGUAAACGGAGCCGUUUGGACGGUCGCCGUGUAACGGGCGUAUGGCGGUGACGCCGCGAGUUCGCCGAUCGCCGCAGACUGUGUGUGUGAGCAAUGGGCAGUGCACACGUGGUUCGCAAUCCUCGCAACAGCUACCGCCUUCCAGUCAUGGAGGAAGUAUUACAAGCCUCAUCGCAGAAUCUUUACUUUUGAUUGAUGCAUCCAAUUUUGCUGCUAGCUCAUCUAACGACUUUAAAGCUCAUACGAAAAUAAAUAUUAAAUUUACUUUCAUCUUCUCUUAAAUCUGUAAACACUGUCAUUAAAACCCCUUUUAACAGCCGUGAACUAACCAACGGGUGUGUCCAAUACUUCCUAUCGCGUUUUUUAACGAUGUAUUCAUAAACGAAAUAGAGCAAAACUACACGUUUCCUUCUGUACACAUCCAUUUUUGGUUGACAUCCAAUCUAGUACCGGCGUGCUCUCAGAGAUGGCGCUAGUGUGCAGUCACGGGUUUCCUCGCUGGGAGCACGCGCGGCAUUUUCCCGCUCGUGUGCACCCGGCCUUAGAAGUAAACGCGUAAACGAAUUAUAAAAAAAACAGCCGGGUCAGUUAACCUAAACAGGAAACACCUGUUUAAUCUAGGGUCUAGGUCUUCUUCUUUUAUGUGAAGGUCCUGUGUAUAUAAGAUGAGAAGCGAAUAUUCUUCUGCAGUGUGUGUAAGAGGAUAUCCAAGUAAACAAUAAUUCUCCGAUCAUGCUGACGAAGCUUGAAAGCCGUUACAACCUUCUUCUCCUAUUCAUGGUAAUCUACUGGUCGCCUGAAGGUGGAUACUGCAAAGUGUACGAGAGAUGCGAAUUGGCAAGAGAGCUGAAGGAAAUUCACAACAUCUCAGAAGAACAAAUUCCAACGUGGGUCUGCAUUGCUCAACACGAAUCUGAUUUCAACACCUCAGCUGUAGGACACGUGAACGGCGAUGGUAGCGGGGACCACGGCCUCUUCCAGAUCAGUGACUUGUACUGGUGUUCUCCUCCAGGAAGAGGUUGGGUUUGCGGAGUCUCCUGCGCAGAUCUGGAAGAUGAUGAUAUUAAGGACGAUGUUGCGUGUGCCAGAACGAUAUAUCGCCAGCACCAGAGGUUGAAUGGUGACGGAUUCACAGCAUGGGCAGUGUAUCAGCCCUACUGCUACGGAAAGGUGACUGUGGCCAAGUAUGUGGAAGGCUGUGAGAAGAUGACCACAAAGACGACAGCGGUGGAAGAACCGUUAGUGAAGAACGAGGUUGCCAAAAUCUCAAAAUCUGAGUUCAAAGUAGAA